AUGCAGGCCAGCGACUAUCAGGUGGCCGGCGGAGCAGGCCCAGCUGCCACGGGCUCCAGGGCGGAGGAGCUGGAGCAAGGCCCUCCAGAGCAGCCAGCCCCUGGAGGAAUCUGGACAUCCAGAGGAUUAACAUCAGACGUCGGCAGUGUGUACUGGGUCGACUACUUCCGGCAGGAGGUCAAGGAGCUGAGGGAGCUAUCGGCGCCCAUGGAGCCGGGGCACAGGAAGCACGUGUUCCGGAGCGGCGCCGUGUACGACGGAGAAUGGAUGGGCCCGAACCCCGGUUCCUGCGAACACUGCGGGCACCUGGCGUCUCCGUUCGGGGAGGUGAUCGAUAUCUAA